CCCAAACGUUUGCAUAAGCACUGUUUUCAGUUUCUCUUGGGGCCGUUUUAACUCCCAAGAGAAACUGAGGACGAUGCUUAUGCAAAAUUUUGGGGUGACAAACAAAGAGCAUUAUAUGGUAUGUUAUGGUAUUUUCUUGAGUGGUCAAUUAAUUCGGCUUAUAAGCCUAAUGAAUUCAUCUGCAGCAUCCGGAUAUGGACUUCGUAUUUGCCUAUGCUACGGCUGCAAAUGAAUCAACCCUGGGAAUGUGGCUUAAUUAACCCAAAAAAUUAUUUGACUUUUUCUAAGACAACGUUAUCGCAAUUAGGUGUAUUCAAUAAUUGAUAAACGUCAUUCCAGACCAUUCAAGGCCAAGUCGUGCAAUCCUUUAUCAGCGACACCCGUUGGCUCUUUGAAAUCUUUUGAGUAUGGUUUAAAAUGAUCCCGAGACAAGAUUCGUCACUUCGACGUCUUGAGUGAGGUUAUAGCAGGCCGUAAAGAAAAAAACGCUUAAACUUAUAAAUCCAAAUGGAUUCGUAAAGGCUUGUAGAAAACGGCUGCCAAGGCCUGUCUGUUUGGUACAGAUUUGUCGAUUAGUUGUUGUGCAGUUGUUCUUUGUAAUCCAAACUAAAAGUCAGUCAAUUACCUAUUUUUACAGCCUCGUUAAUGAUACCAAACCAUUCAAUUUGAGAUUCCCGAAGAGGUUUUCUUUACAUAUUUGCUUCAGUGUUGAAAUGGCGAGCAACCCCGAGCAACGAAAGCAACAAUAGCAACCAAUCCAACAAGGCUUUUAUAAUGAUAUGUGUAUUGAAGGUCGCCAGUGAAAGGAGCCCCAUAUACUGCAUUCGAAUCAUGAACCUGGCUGAAUGAUUGUCAGAAUUAGUUUUAACGUAGUUUGUAUAAGGCUUAGUAUCAUAGUGCGACGCUAUCUCACCUGAUGUACAAUGCGAUUGCUUUCAAAACAACCACCUGACAAUCUAAUUUUUCAAACUUUGCUGUGGAGGGCGUAUGUUCCCCCCCGAGGAGUCACUAGUGCCUUCGGGCGUUGUGCCCGUACGCCCUUCUCCAAGAUAAAUCCUGGUUAUGGGCCAUUCAUUGCAUUUCCAAAGUGCUACGUGAAGUAACGUUCUUUCAUCAGAAAAACAGCUACAUAUUUCAGUUGCAUUACACAUCGAUCCCCUUUUUUUUUUCUCGCAAAGUUCUUCUGCUAUCCUCCAAUGUCAGCUAAUGUCUUCUCUAUGUUAUCUUUUCCGUUAACAAAUCGUAGCAAUGUUAGAUGCCGCUCAUUUAAUGAAAUUUUAAUGGGCCACAGUAGCUUUUCUUAACUUAUCAAAACAGGAUUUAGUAUCGUCUCGAUCCUUCGGUGACUCAAUUGUGGUGCCAAAAAAAAUAAUAACAAGAAGGAGCAAACAGAACACAUGUGGGGAUUCUUUGAUCCUUCUGAAAGUUAACCCUCGAACUGCAAAAAGUGGAAGUGUAAUUCCGUUAAACGUGCUCUCCUCGUUGCAUUAGACUCAAAGGUCCUAUAAAACAAAGAAAAAAUUACUUCUUUUCAAAAAACACAAGCAAACAGCUAGGGAUAGCAGGCGUAAUUCUUAGUCAAAAGAGAGAUUCAUCCUCCUAACGCUGAGUUUAGCGUAAGUCUAUGAGAAGAUUGAAAGACCUUAACACGGAAUCCACACCUUAACAUGGAAUUCACCAGGAAAUUGAGUAAUUUUAAUUUUCAGUGGACAGAAACCUUGUAUUAGAAUAAUUUAAAGAAUAAAUGUCAAAUUUCGCAAAAUUACAUCUUGCACACGAAAUUUUCAGAAUUUUACCUUUGGUGUCUAUGGCAGAUGAUUAAUUACUUCUCUAGCCGUUGGAAAAUGUAAAAAAAAAAAAAAAUAAUAAUAAUAAUAAAAAAAUGCAAUACCGUAAAAUUCCGAAAAUAAGCCCCGGGGCUUAUAUUUUUCAAAGGCCCUUUUUGAGGGGCUUAUGUACGGAGGGAAAUUUGUGUUUCAAAAUCGAUUGGGAUAGCAUUAUUCUUGGAAGGAAAGUUACCGUUUUUCUUUGUUUUACUUUGUAUUUGAAGGCAAUUUCCAAGUACAGGCCCCCGAGGGGGCUUGUACUUGGAAUACUUCUAUAUUUGGAGGGACGAUUUCACGGAGGGUUUUUUUGCGUAACGAAAUUGGGGGGCUUAUAUUUGGAGGGGCUUAUAGAUGGAGGGGCUUAUUUUCGGAAUUUUACGGUAUUCUUUAAAUUAUUCUGGUACAAGGUUUAUGUACACUGAAAUUAAAAUUACUCAAUUUCCUGGUGGAUUACGUCUUAAUCCUCGUCAAUCUCUUAAUCCUUAAGGCCGUCAUCCCCUUCCUAUGUUCCUCAUAAACGGAAUUGUACAAAGCAAAUCAAACUAAAAUAGAUCUCAAAGGGGAAAGUGUAUAGUGAACAAAACAUUUCCUUGCCGUGAGUGCUUUUCAAUAGACUGCGAGCAGUCUCUCUUUUUCUUCAGAUUUAGUAAGGGGAUGGAGUGCACGCGCGCGCGAGCGUUGAGCGGCGACGCCGCGAGACGCGAGAAACCAGGUAGUGGCUCUCCCGUCUCGCGCCUACAGUCACGCGCGUGGUCAUUUGCUUGUCUCGGGCGUUUUGCUUGACGGACCAAGAAAAAAGAGAGACUGCUCGUAGUCUAGCUUUUCAAUUGGUUGUUUUUCUGUCAAAGAGUACACUCGUGACCGUAAUUAACCCCUUCAGUAACCGAGUUAUAGACUUGUUACAUAAAACCAUACAAUGCAGAAUAAAACUCACUCGAUACUUCCUGCCGGAUCUCUUUUCGUCACGAUAUUCGUACCAGACUUCUCGAGGACUGGAACUUGUAAAUAAACUAUUUAAAUCAUAAAUGCAAGGCUGGCACCAUGCGGCAAAAGGGAAAUUCAUAUCAGGCGAACAUUAGUUAUGAAGCUGCUUGUUGACUAUGUCUCAGAAUGGCUUCUUGCUAGUUUUUGUUCCAACACUGCUGGGUUUUAAGCUAAUUCCCUUGUUUUGCACUUCGUAUCACCUACUGAGCAUAACAUUGUAACAUCAAAGGCGGUGGUGAAAAAAUCUGGAUAGUACAUCAUUUUCAUGGGAAGUACCUUAACUUUGUUUUGGUAACCAAUUCAAAUCUCUUUGUCUUUUGCAACAGUGUCACCAAGUCCAAGUGCCACCGUCUCUUCUCCGAAUCCGUCAUCUUCCUUGUCAAAUGCAGUAACUUCGGCCAUAGGAGUACAAGUUUCUAGUACAACAUCAACGCUUGCCCAGCCCUUAUCCAGUACAGUCAUUGUUUCGUCAAAAUCGCCUUUUACCUCUACCCCAGGGUCAGAGAAUGUCCACUCAACUGUUAGCCAAUCUCCCUCUAUCACAGCGACAGGUAUGUGCGGAUUAUCAAGCUUCUUACCAGUACCGGAAACCGUAACUGCUUUAAUUCCCCAUCUUCCCUUCCCCCAUACCCCGUCCUUAAGGAAAGGGCCAAUAUCUGUGACUAGAAAAUCACUGGGAAGGUUUGACUUCCGUUGGGAGAACUCGGAUUUCUUUCCGAGUUUCCUGUGUGAUCGAGUGAAAACUAUGGUUUUCUAACUUUUUUUAUACACAAAAGUAAAGCGCGCUCUCUGAUUGGUCAAUUACCCAUUUACUAUAUUUUGCCCAUGGAUGAGCCAUGAUACUUGCGCUUAAAGCUCAAUUUCCUGUAGAUUUUAUUUUGUUUUUACCUCAUAGUUUGUAAAUGUUAUAUUUUUAUACUGAGAGACUGAGUUGACAACGGUCGUUUGAUAUAACGGUAAACUACUUGUUUGGCGAAAAUAUAAUUUUUAUUUUUUCUCUUUUGAUUGUGUUUUACAAAUGGUAAGCGGCUCAUGCAUGGUGGUACUACUGAGUAAUGGUUACACUUGGGAGGAUUGCUAAGCACUCAAGAAGCUAGAGACGCUCAUCCCCCGGUUAUCACCUCGCGGGACUCUUACGCGUCUUUCGUGUUCAGCAACCUCCUGUUUGCAACCAUAAAGCAAUAGUACACGUCGAGCCAUUAACCAAUUGUUAAAUUCUUUUCUGUCUAAUCCCGACAAUAAAGACUCAUCCAUAGUACACAAUAUAGGUUUUGCGCCAUGAUCGUAAGUGCAUAAGUUAUUAUAAGACCAGGGUGCGAGUGCGGGUACGAGUGGUCCAAGCUUCUGUAUUAAAGGGCCUACAUAAUUACAUAUUCCUUGAUUGUUACCUGUGUGUCCUAUAAAGAGAGUCAUUCCUAUGAGCACCCUUCAUGUUAAGGGCAUUUUUUCUUAGUAUCAAAGUUCUUAUUUGUUACGUGUUGAACAAAACACGAGUGGAAACAGACCAUGAACGUUUGAGCUGCUAGUAAACCAGGCACGACUUAAGCUUUCUGCUGGGACUUGAGUGCCUCUUUCAUUUCAAACACACAUUGCUUUCUUUAUUAUUUCACAGCGUCUCGUGAGCCCACUGGAAAAAUUGCAAGUUCAACUGUUGGUGUUGGACCCACCACAACUUCAAUACAGGCUAAAGGGAAAACGAUAGGCGCGUUAGAAGUAAUAGGAUUUUGUCUCGCUGCCGUUCUUGGCCUCUUAGUCGCGGCCUUCGCCGUCUACUAUUUCGCUUUUCGGAAACGAUGGUAUCCGCAAUACUGGGACAUGGGACCGGAGUCACCUCCACCUACCCCAGCAGUGGCAGCAGCAAACGUAUCAGCGGCAACAACAGCAGCCGAGGGCGAAAGAAAGAUAGUACCAGAAGUUGGGAUAACUCACGCAGGAUUUACUGGGGACGCGUCUAGCUCCACCGAUAAAGUCCCUCCUGUUUCCUUUAACGGUAAUGCCCAUGUCGAGAAGAAGGAAGAAAUUCCUGCGAACAAGCAAGAUGGUGAAGGCGAGGAGAAUGUUGGAUUUGCUGAAGAUAGUGCUUUGUAAACAAGGACACCCUUCUACUUUUAAUAUGGCCUGGGCAUUUUUUUCCUACAGACUGAAACGAUAGAACUGCUUUCAUUUUUUGUGUACAACAUAGUGAAGAUGCCUUCCGAAACUAACUCGUAGCGCCAAGAGGCUCUAAUAGCCCUUAUGCAUGUUUACGUCACACAAGCAAAUUUCACCACCAAGCCUCGUUUUGAAAUUAAAAAUAAGCGAAGUUUCACAGAAAUGAAUUCCCAAGGCAGUAGAGUUGAAAAGAAUACCCACGCACAAAAAGUGCAAAUGCAAAAAAUUUUGUUCACAAACGAGGCUUGUUGGUGAAAUUUACUCUUCUGACGUAAUCAUGCAUAGGGGCUAUUCGAUUUGCUAAACUUAGAAUUUCUAAGAAAUUAGAACAAUCUUUUCCAGCAAUAAAAGACGCUUUCUAGCGUUCAUUCCUUUAGACAAAGGCAGCGACUUGAGGCUUAGGUUGACUGAAAUAAGCGAUUUGUAUGAAAUUGCCCAUCCAAGCCUCGACCUCAUGUCAUUGUGUGUACUCAAUGGAGUGGAAUAAUGGGAAGAUUUAUAAUCAAUGCAAACAGGAAAAUACUUACACGAAGGCCUUCAUUGAAAUGAUGACGCUUGGGAAUUUUAUCCAACCAACUUUAAAACAGUUAAAAUCACUUGUACAGCAUAACAAAUAGCGAAUGAAUAAAGGGG